GCAUGUUCGGUUCGGGUUCGGGAGGCGGCGGCGCGUUUCCGGGAGGAAACAACAAAAACAAACCAGUUCCUUUGUUAGAACCCGGAGCGGCACGCGACUCUCACCGGUACCAACAACCGACCAAUCAGAGGCGGCGCGAGGAGAGACUACCUGGGCGCGCGCUCAGCGGCACAGAGCAGUUAGUGACGGAGGAGGAAUGGAGCUGGGUUCUGACUGGUUUUAAUGGUUAAACUGGGUUUGUUGCAGAGGAGGAGGUUCAUCUGACCGGAUAGAGAUUCACAGCAUGGCAGGAAACUGGAUUCUCCCCGGAUGAGCACUGGGAGCACUGGGAGCACUGGGACUGGAAAACCUCCCAGUUCUGUAACCACAGGAAGGAGGAUGCUGGUUCUGGUUCUGGUUCUCCUGUCCGGGUUCUGGAUGGUGAUCCAGGGACAGAGUCUGGACUACGACAGCUGGACCGACCAGGCGGUGCUGUCCGACGGCCUCUGUCGCUAUGGCAACGGCGUGGAGUGCUGCUGGGGCUGGAGGCGGACGGAGCGGGACCGGUGUCAACCUGACUGUCAGCAGGGCUGCAAACACGGAGACUGUGUCGAACCGGACAAAUGCAAAUGUCACCCAGGAUACACCGGAAAAACCUGUAACCAAGACCUGAACGAGUGCGGAGUGAAGCCGCGGCCCUGUAAGCACCGCUGCAUGAACACGGCCGGCAGCUUCAAGUGCUUCUGCCUGGACGGCUUCGCCCUGCAGCCGGACGGCAGCUGCAGGAAUGUGCAGACCUGUUUCCAUGCCAACUGCCAGUACGGCUGUGAGGUGAUGAAGGGCGAGGUGCGGUGCACCUGUCCGUCUCCAGGGUUACGGCUGGGCCCGGACCGCCGCUCCUGCGUGGACGUCGAUGAGUGCGCGCUGGGCGCCGCCUGUCCGCGCCGCAGGAAGUGCGUCAACACGUUCGGGAGCUUCUUCUGUAAAUGCCAGCUGGGCUUCAAGCUGACGUUCAUCGACGGGCGCUACGCCUGCAUCGAUAAAGACUCUCGGUCGUUCUGCUCCCUGAAUCCUUCCUCUCCAAAGUGUCGCUGUAAAGAUGGCAGCUGCAAAGGGAUUCUUAAAGUGACUUUAGAGCCACACAGACCCAGAACUACAAUUUCCAUCACCACCACAUCUGUUCCCACUACAACCACCAUUCCCACUACAACCACCAUUCCCACUACAACCACUGUUCCCACUACAACCACUGUUCCCACUACAACCACCGUUCCCACUACAACCACUGUUCCCACUACAACCAUUGUUCCCACUACAACCACCAUUCCCACUACAACCACUGUUCCCACUACAACCACUGUUCCCACUACAACCACCGUUCCCACUACAACCAUUGUUCCCACUACAACCACUGUUCCCACUACAACCACUGUUCCCACUACAACCACUGUUCCCACUACAACCACUGUUCCCACUACAACCACUGUUCCCACUACAACCACCGUUCCCACUACAACCACCGUUCCCACUACAACCAUUGUUCCCACUACAACCAUUGUUCCCACUACAACCACACCCACCAUCACCUCCACCUCUGCUUCUACCACCGUCUCCUCCACCGCUUACCAAACUACCGCUGCCUUGACGACCACUGUCAUAGCAACCACCUCAAUGGCUACCUCUACUGAUGCUAUGACAACCGGAUCCCAAACCACACAGCUUGCAACGACUGUCCCAACAGCUCCACCUACCGUCCCAGCUACCAGCGCUACGACUGCUGCUGAGCCUACGGUUGCUAUAGCAACCACGACGCUGCCCUCCACCACCAGCGCCGUGGUGACGACAACGCUGAACAACCGGAUCAACAAGGACGUGACGCAGCGGCAGAGAGGAGACGUUCACAUUCCUCGGCAACCGGGACGAAACCACGUCUGGGAGUUUGACAUCGAGCUGGGAACCACGGCCCAGGACGCUCAGGACGACCCCGGUACCGGUUCCUGGGUUUCUGUUGAAAAACAACAGAACAUAAAACUCAGUUUAACUAAAUAUUUAACUAAAUAUUAGAACAACUGGAGACACAGAGGAGAACCACAGCUAAUGAUCAUUUUAGGAAUCAAUUAUUCUGACGAUUAAUCAGAUGAAAAAUUUGCACCAUUCAUUAAACUGAAACAAUCAGAUUAUUAUUAAACCAGUUGCUGACUAUUCUU